AUGCCUCCUAGGAAGUAUAUUUCUGGAUAUGAAAAAAGGAAAAAGAAGCAAAAAUUAAAAAAUUUUAUUAAAUCUCAAUCGGGAGCGCUUGAUAAAUUUUUUGGUAGCAAGAAACAAAUAGAAAGUUCAUGUUUGGUUGAUAAAAAUUUGGUAAUUGAAGAACUUAAUCAAUGUAAUGAGAAUGAUAAUGAAGAUUUGGGUGUUGAAGAGCCUAUUGAAUGUUUGAAUGAGAAUGAAAAUGAAGAUUUGGUGAAUGAGGAAACCAUUGAAAGUGAAGAUUUUAAUGUUGAAUAUGGACCUUUAAAUAUUAAUGACCCAAGUAAUUGGGACAAGAUUGAUCAGAAUUUCAGAGAUUUAUUAGUUGAAAGUGGUCCUAUAAGAAGUAAUAUUGUCAAUUUUCCUAGAGAUGACAAGGAUAGACAUUUCUCCUCUACAUAUUACAUUCAAAAUUUAUCAAAUGAAGAGAAGCAAGAUAAGAAAUGGCUAGUAUAUUCAGAUGCUUCAAACAAAGUAUUUUGCUUUUGUUGUAAGUUGUUUAAGGAAGAUGGGAACAAGACUCAGUUGGCUACUAAUGGAUUUAAAGAUUGGAAGAAUCUAGGUCACAGGCUUAGAAGUCAUGAAACUAGCAAUGAGCACAUGACGUGA